AUGGCAGGUCGUAGUGGUUUUGAUGAUGGAAAUCCGAGGGAUUACGGUGGCGGGAGAAGGACCGCCGGCGGUCGCCCCUUGCCUACAGAGCCACCUUACAAAGCCUAUGUUGGAAAUCUACCAUCCGGAAUUAUACAAGGAGAUAUUAACAGAAUCUUUCCCGACCUGAAAAUUAAAAAUGUGAGGUUAGUAAUGGAUAAGGAAACUGAUAAAUUCAAAGGCUUCUGCUAUGUGGAAUUUGAAUAUUUGGAUGAUUUGAUCAAGGCAAUUGAAAUGAAUGGUGCCCUUAAUGUAGAUGGAAACUGUGUUAAAAUUGAUGUAGCCGAAGAAAAAAGAAAUGAUAGGGGAGGUUUCGACCGGGGUCGGCGAGAUGGUGGACGCGAUGGUGGUCGUGGGGGAUUCAGACGGGAUGGAGGCCGUGGUACGUACGACCACUUCGAUGCCGUCGGUCGCGGCCCAAGGAACCAGGGUGGAGGGUUCACACAUGACCGCGAGCGAGGAGGAGGUGGAGGCCCUGGUGGUGAAAGAUGGACCGAGCGGGGCCCACGUGGGUCCUCAGAGGAACCCCGUCCUGGCGACUGGGGCCGAAUGGGGCGCUCGGGGCCUGCCCCGCCCCCUGGUGGAGCUCCACGCCCAAGGAGGAACUUUGACGAUAUGCCGCCCGCUAGGCCUGAUACCACUGGUAGGCCAAAACUAAAACUAGAGCCAAGAACAGUUAAGGAGCCAGUAAACUCACUGGCGGCCACAAGUCAGGCCUCUUCCAUAUUCGGCGGCGCGCGACCGCGGGAGGAACGACUUAAAGAGAUGAGGGAGUAG